AUGGGCGACCCUUUAACGCCCCAACAAGAAGAAGCCCACUACCUCGCCCUCCAAAACACCGACAUCCGCGUUGAUUACAAGUCUUACUUCGCGCCCAAAUAUACAGUCGACGCCUUCUGGACGUCAGAUUACACCCACCUCCUCCGCAUCACCAAAGCCAUCUCCCCCGACGCGAUCGUAACUGAUUUCUUUGUCGAGGCAACAAGGGAUAUGCAAAAACAGUUUGGCGUUCCAGUGGCGAUGGUCUGGCCACAGAUGCCGUACGGGAUGGUAUCAGCGGGGCAUAUCCCCGGAAUUCCUGGGUUUCAAGUCGAUGCCCUGACUUCGGAAAAGGCAAGCCUUUGGCAGAGGAUACGCGCGGCACUGAGGCCGUUGAGGGCAAUCACGACGGUGGUGCCGUAUUUGAGGUGGGUCAAGAGGAUGAGGAGAGAGGCCGGAGUGAAUUACCCCCUGGCCGGGGUGACAGCGGGGAAGCCGGAUUAUCUGGGUUUGGUGAAUAGCUUUUGGGGGUUGGAGACGCCAAAAGAUUGCCCGCCGCUUUUGCAGGCUGUUGGGCCGAUUUUGUCGGAGGAGUACCCUGGGUUGGAUGGGGAGUUGAGGGGGUUCUAUGAGCGGGGGAAGAAGAGGAGGGUGGUGUAUGUUUGUUUUGGGACGCAUAUAACGCUGCCGACGGAGCAGGUUGUGAUGUUUUUGGGGGCAUUGGGGGAUUUGUUGGCGGAUGGAUUGGUAGAUGGGGUGAUUUGGACGGUCGGAAAGAAACAGAGGCAGCAGUUUCAGCCGUUGCUGAAUCAGUGGACUGGGGGAGUCAGGGAGCCAGUGGGGAUGCUGCUGGAAAAUCAGAGCGAGAGGUGGUAUUUCACGCCCUUUGCGCCUCAGAGAGCAAUAUUGGAUCAUCCGGACACGAUACUCUUUGUCACCCAUGGUGGCGGGAGCAGUGUCAAUGAGGCGAUGUACCAUGGAGUGCGUAUGUUGUCUCUGGGAUUCUUUUUCGACCAGCUUUUGAACGGUCUACGGAUUGUCGAAGCAGGUGUCGGGUUGGGCCUCGAUAAGGCCACAUUCACAAGAGACGAGAUCUACGACAAGGGCCGGCAGGUACUGCUUGAUGAGGACGGCAGCUUUGCGAGAAAUGUUGAGCGGAUGAGGCACAUUGCCCGAAUAUCAGCCCGGAAGAAACAUUAUGCCGCCGACCUGAUCGAGGAGAUGAUGUACGAUGCAAAGUUCGGACUGGAUCCCAACAGUGGGAAGAUGAGACCGAUGCAUCUUCAGACGGCAGACGUUAGAAUGCCGAUAUGGAAAGCCAAGAACCUGGAUCUGUUGCUCCUCGGAGGACUGGCGACUGCCGGGUUUGCCGGUGUAAGCUACUGGCUCUAUUCUUGGAUCAGUGAUCAGUUGUGA